AUGCAAAAAAGAUAUGUUUCUAGCAGCACUGCUGACAAUGAAGGAGAUUAUGGAGAUAGUCGUCAAGCUCAGCCAAACAUUGCCCAAGAAACCGCUUCAAUAGCAGAAAGAACCCUCUCAUUACUGACUGUAGCAGAUGAGCUUCCCAUCUUGACAAACAGUGACAACAGACUGCAAGAUUUGGCAGAAGACGGCGACGGACGGUUAACUCCCUUUGCACGCCAAGUUAGUCCCCGGUGCCGAUAUGAACAACCGUCGAAUAUCGGCAGCGACGAGCCAGCAGCAACGCCAUCGAGAGUUCAGGGAUUAACAGGAUUCAUACAUGAGAACUAUUGGAGGCAGGGAUAUUGCGAGCAGUGUCUCGGCUAAUGAAAUUUUGUUUCACUGACCAGCUGGCUCAACAGUACAACUUUUAUGGAAAGAGAUCGAACAAAAAGCCUUUCUGCCAACUGCGCCUGCGAGAUUGUAUCGUGGAAGGAGUUGUCACCACUACAUCUGGGUCUACAGCUAAAGACGUAGAAGAUUCCAUUAAAAUUUGGCUAAAACAUGCCCCCGAAAGAUUGAAGAAGAUUAAUAAACAACAAUAAACAUGGCAGAGAAAAUAAAAUAUUCGAGAAAAGCCAUAGUUGGCCAACGUCAAUUAUUGAGAAGAGCCAAAGAAGCACAGUUAAAUGUAAUUUCAAAUUUAAAAAAGAGUACUACAACUGUAAGUGCAUCCUCUUCCUUAGUUAAUUUGCCAUGUACUUCAUAUAAUAAUUCUCAAUCUGAAAUUGUAUUCCAAGGUUCUUAGUCCGAGUUCUUAACGGCUAAUAAGUAUGAGAGUACAGUCCCUGCUGGCAGAAAGCAUGAAACUUGGCAUGUAUAUAGCUUAUAGGUUUAUAAGAAAAUAUGGAAGUAGAAACACGCCGAGGUGUCAAUGUUUCCCCUCUUUCCCCCAACUUUUGUAUCCCUGAUUUC